AUGCUCGGCUUCCUGGCCAAGGAGAGCAUCGAGGAGUACUCGAUGCAGGCAGCCGACUUCAGGCCCACCAAGCUCUCCAUGGACGGCUUGACCCGUCACGGCGCCAAAGUCCGCGUGCAGGGCGACUUUACCAUGGACGCCUCCAAGGUCAAGAAGCAGAGCGUGCGCAACCUGGGACGCUUGGGCACCUGGAUUGCCCGCGAGGCCGAGACGGGCCCCUUUGAUGCCGACGUCUACCUGCCCGAGUACGGCAACGUCUUGGUCGGCACCGCCAAGAUACCAGGACUGAGGGUGAACAUCCGCAACGGGCACACGACCCAUGUGGUCUUUGAUGCAACCGUGCAGCCAGGCUCGCCCGACGGUAUCCGCAACGUUGCCAACGACUGGAUCGAUGGCCGCCUGGGGCAGAUACGGCUCAAGGGAAAGGCCUGGGUGCCGCUCAGGUCGGGCGUGCUCAACAUUGGCAGGCAGCUUGUUGAGCAGUCGGUCGUCUUUCAGAGCGGCGACAUCCCGGCCCUCCCUCACUACAACAUCACAAAGCUCAACCUUGGCGAGGCCCAGCAUGGCCGAAAGGGUCUUGCUGCAAACGCAACCAUAGUUGUGAAGAAUGACUUCCCCGUCGAGAUCACGCUCCCGCCCGUGGCCGUCGAUGUGGGCAUCGAGGGCUGUUCGGCGGACAAGCAUCUCAUGGUUGGAACGGCUCAGACGGGCGAGCUCCACGUCAGGCCCAACUCGAAUGUCCAAGUCGACGUCGGUGCCAAUGUCGAGAAGCUCUCUGAACCUUUGACACAAGUGUGUCCCAACACGGCCAAGUCGCCGCUCGAUGCCUUCCUGGGCGAUUACAUGAAGGGCGAGGAUGCGACCAUUUACAUCAACUGCUGCAAGUUCCCCGACCCAGCCACACCGGACUGGGCUCGUGAGCUGCUGAAAGACAUUACGGUCCCUGUGCCAUUUGCUGGCAAAUCCAUGGGCAACCUCAUCAAAAACUUUUCUCUGGCAGACAUGCACUUUAGCCUGCCCGACCCCUUUGCGGAGCCUGGAACGCCCGAGGCUGCACCCAAGGUGUCCGGUAUUGUCAACGUUGACAUUGGACUCCCCAACGAGAUGAACUUUCCGAUUGACGUGACCCAAGUCAAGGCUGACGCAGACAUUUUCUAUCGCAACAAGCUGCUCGGAAAGAUGAACCUGGAGAAGUGGCAAAAGGCCAACUCUACGCACGUCGAGGGUCACGGCUCCGAAGGCCCCUCGCUCCUGGUGCAGUCUACCAUCAAGGAGGCGCCCAUCAAGAUUGUCGACGAUGACUUGUUUAGCCAAGUCGUGCAGACGCUCCUCUUUGGCGGAAAAUCGGUCCUGAUGGAUCUCAAGGCAGCAGUCAGCGUUGGUGUGGACACGCCCAUGGGCAAGCUCGCUGUGCGAGGCAUUCCGGCGCAGGGCGUCGUACCAGUCAAACCAAUUGGCGGUGGCAAGCCUGGAGAGGGCCUAGGCAAGAAGAGCGCGCUUAACGUUACAGUUGGCAACAUGGCAAUCAUUGACACGUCACCAACCUCUCUUACCAUUACAGCCCUGGUCAACUUCACCAAUCCUACCAAAUACUCGGCUACGGUUCCGUACUUCAACAUCAACGUGCUCGCCAAUGGUUCGCACAUUGGCAGUGCAACGGUCAAGGAUAUGGAGGUGGUCCCUGGCAACAAUACAAACCACUUGGUGUCGCUCCACUGGGACCCUUAUGAGUACGGCGGCCACAAAGGAAAAGAGGUUGGCGCCGAGCUACUCUCGCAAUACAUCUCAGCAGGCUUCAACACGACCAUCACGGUCCAAGCACAUGAGCAGUCGGUCCCAGCUGCACCCUACAUUGGCCGUCUGCUCUCGCGGUUCCCUAUUGAGCGCCCCAUGCCACACUUGUCGACGCCCAAGAAGCCAUCUGAUGGCGAUGGCGACGAAGACCCAGAAGACGACGGAAAAUCGCACUUUAUCCGUGGGACAACGAUGCAUCUCCUCAGCAGCACGGCCGUCUUUACCCUUGCGUCACCAUUCCGGUCGACGACGUUGUACAUCACGGACAUGAAUGCAACAGCCUACCAUGACGGACACCCUGCUGGUAAGAUUCUAUAUGACCUUCCGUUUGCUGUGCCUCCUGGCUUGUCCGAAUCGCCGCACCUGCCGGUGGACUGGUCGUUUGGCAGUCUCGGCUACGACGCGAUCAAGAAGGCGCUUGGCGGACAGCUUAAGCUGAGUGCGUUUGCGUAUGUGGGCGUCAGGAUUGGUGAGUGGAGAGAGAAUGUGUGGUUCAAGGGUGGUAAGAUUGGCGCCAGUGUCCGACUUUGA